AUGGUUACGGUAGUUCGGCUUAAUCAUAGGAACGACUCAUGGAGAUGGAAUACCGGUUCGAAUGUUAUGUAUACGGUCAAGGAGGCUCGGAAAUGGCUUCGAAAUGAUGAAGGGGAAGUGGAUGGUUACAAAUACAAGUGGUGUAAGUGGAUUCCUAGUAAGUGCAACGUUUUCAUGUGGAGGACUAAUUUGGAUAGGAUUCCUACGGCUUCUGCCUUGGCUCAUAGGAAUGUUAUCACUGGUGAUGGUUUGUGUCGGUUCUGUGGUGAGGUAGAUGAGACUACAGAACAUAUUUUUACCGCGUGCAGGGUUUCCAAUGGGUUAUGGCUUGGGGUCGCGUCGUGGCUGAAAAUUCCCCCCAUGAUCAUUUUCUCAGUUAAAGACAUUUUGAGUCUUGUGGACUUUAUGCCUACUCUUACCGCAAGGAAAGGUAUCAUAUAUGGCAUUCUUGUUAUUGUGUGUUGGAAGAUAUGGGUGACCCGGAAUGAGAUUAUUUUCAAACAAGGAAGUGCGAAUGUGACUAAGAUGCUUUCGGAUGUAAAGGCGAUUAGUUAUCUUUGGUUCAAUAGUAGAUCGAAAAAGGAUAGGAUAGAGUGGAAAAAAUGGUGUAAUUUUGAUAUUGAUAAAGUUUUGAGGAAAACGAUGUCGGAAUUAGCGGUUGAUUGCCGAACGACAUCGUAUGGAACAGUUUCAUCGAGUGGAUUCUGGUCGACGUAUUGUGGUGAUGUUAGUUAUAAUCAGCUUCAGAAGAUGUUACGGGUUUGA